CACUUAACUUCUCUACUUCAACGUUACUAUUCUCCUCGAUCUCGAAUUGAAACCCGCAGAGCUCGUCUUCAAGUCUCCGUCAGAGACGGGUAUUGAACGUCUUGAUUACACUACCUCUAACAUGGAUCACAAGACUGCAGACUUGGGGAGCUACAUCGAGAGUUCCCAUUAUGGUCAUUUCGUGUCAUUCAAUAGAGGUCGCGUGUUUGACCAGGGAAUCACGCACCUCCGGCCCCAGCUUGAGAGCGACCGAACAAAUCGAAUACUGCUAUAUCCAGGCUGUUUCAAUCCUCCUCACAGGCAUGAAGCGCUUCUCCAACAUGCAUUUGCGAACAGUCAAGACAUCAACAUUAUCGCUGCUAUCAUCCUCCCGUUAGAUGAUGACAGCAUAGAAGCAAAGUGCCGCGACUUGGGUGAGAGUCUUGUAUUCACCAAGGACCAGAGGGUUCAGCUAUGGCGGGGAUAUGUGCCACACGACUGGUACUGGGUUUAUGAUCGCAGCACCAGAGAGUGGGAUUCUUUCCGCCGCGAGCUUACCGACGCCAUCACUCGUGACGGUUUCGACCUGAGAUUUGUCGUACUGACGGGACCUGAUCACUUGAUGCGGAAUUCUCCCCCUCCCUGGAAGGCAUGGGAUUGUGAAGAGAUCAUUGUUAGCGAUAUGAGCAGGUCUGCAGACUUUACGAACCAGCGGGGUCCGUUGGGGCGGCUAAAGGACUGCGAGUCUUGGGAGCAUGUCUUCUGGGAUGAUGAAGAGGCAACUCGAUAUGCCACGAAGGUAGUGGCCUCUCUAGCCGGGGGAAUGUCGCUACUCGCUCCGACUACGUUCAGGGAAAUGCUGGAGAAAGAGCCGAACUUCUUCAAAAGCUUCAUUCAAGAGCUCCACUCCGAGCAUGCCAGCAAGGUCGAUACCGUGAGAGUGUCAUCGUAUAAAAUCCCCCGGGGAGACAAUCCGCUUUAUUCCGGCCGAAGGCGACAUGGUGCAUAUCAGCUCGACGUAUGUUCGCCGCAUAAUAAACACCUGUACGCUUGAGGAAGCCCGGGAAAGGCUUGACUCAAUAGCUUUGAAUCCCGAAAUCCUGGUAAAUAUCAUGCAAAGCUUGCUUUCACGUGGA